AUGAAGAAGGGCAAGAGGAAGAAGUCAGAAACCAGGCGCCGGGGCUCCACCUCCCAGCGCGCCAGCUCCGAAUCCACCCCCCAGCAGCAGAGCUCAGACUCCAGUUCCCAGCAGCCCGUCUCCGGAUCCAGCCCGCGGCCACCCAGCCCCAAGCCCACCGCGCAGCUGCCCAACCCAGGGUCGGCCACCCAGACACCCAACCCAGCGCCCGCCCCACAGUCCCCCAGCCCGGGGCCCACCACGCAGCAGCCCAGCUCGGGGAGCACCUCACAGCCCAGCAGCAACUCCACCCCCCCGCAGUCUGCACCCCGAGCCCUCCCAGCUCCAGAAGUCAGCCACAGCCACUCGGCUCGGGACAUCGUGUCUCCAGACCCCAACCCCAAAGCAUCCUCUCGGUCCAGGAAAGCAGGGCCUCUGGUUCGAGUGGGCCCGCGGGCAUUCUGUUCCUGUUCCGUUUGCCCCGGCAGCUCUGCUUGCUGGCGUCGUCUGGGCCUCUGCCACAGCCGCAUCUUCGAUGUCCUUCUGCCUCGGGCCUGGCCGACCAUGCCAGGGAGAGGAUUCCCAAACCUCCUCACCUUUUACAGAAGACCUUCAAGAAAACAUUCCACUCAUCGUAAUUCACGUGCUCCGAGCCCUCGGAACUGUUGCUGUGGCUCUGGGAGCCCUAGGAGCUGCCUACUACAUCCUUGA